AUGGCGGACGCGAUUUCGAGAGUCCUGAGCCUCAACAAGCCAGCUCAACAGCAUGGAUUCUCCGCGAAUGAUCAUGUCCAGGAGAACGGUCCAGCAUCUGCUUGGACCUCCGACGCGCAUAUGGCUAGCGAGAUGCGCCCAGUCGAUCGUGAGAAGCGCCCGGAAAAGUCCCGGACAUCGACGGACUCUUAUGGCCUUCAAAGAACAGCGUCUGGCGUCGAUGUGGAACGUGCACAGAAGGAAUUUGCGGAGUUGAACAGGGAACUGAGCUCCAUCAGUCGCCGCAUGUCGCGUUCCCAAUCGAGACCUUCGAUGGCCAAGGGAAAGGAUCUGGAGAAGGCAGUCAGCUCGUCCGAUUACACAUCCGACCAAGGGUUCGACCUCGAGGCAACUCUUCGAGGGAACCGCGAGGCUGAAGGUGCAGCAGGCAUCAAGUCAAAGUACAUCGGGGUUGUUUGGGACAAUCUCAGUGUUCGUGGUAUCGGCGGCGUAAAGACUUUUGUCAAGGUCUUUCCAGACGCCUUCGUUGAUUUCUUCAAUGUGCCCGGGACCAUCAUGUCGAUUUUGGGCUAUGGAAAGAAAGGCAGGGAGUUCAACAUCUUGAAGGAUUUCCGGGGAGUUGCGAAGCCUGGUGAGAUGGUCCUUGUCCUAGGUCGUCCAGGAAGUGGAUGUACAACAUUCCUUAAAGUGAUUGCGAAUCAGCGAUUCGGUUACACUGGUAUCGACGGCGAGGUUCUCUAUGGCCCCUUCAACUCGUCCACGUUUGCGAAAUUGUACCGGGGCGAAGCAGUCUACAACCAAGAAGAUGACAUUCAUCAUCCUACUUUGACCGUGGGCCAGACGCUUGGCUUUGCGCUCGACACCAAAACCCCUGGAAAGAGACCACUGGGGAUGAGCAAAGCUGAAUUUAAAGAUCGAGUCAUCCAUUUACUUCUCAAGAUGUUCAACAUUGAGCACACCAUCAACACCAUUGUGGGGAACCAGUUCAUGCGCGGUGUAUCUGGUGGUGAAAGAAAACGAGUGUCCAUCGCCGAGAUGAUGGUCACCGGAGCCACGGUCUGUGCCUGGGACAACAGUACCCGGGGCCUGGACGCCUCCACCGCCUUGGACUACGCCAAGUCGCUCCGAAUCAUGACCAACAUCUACAAGACGACGACGUUUGUUUCGUUGUACCAAGCCUCCGAGAACAUCUACAAGCAAUUCGACAAGGUAAUGGUCAUUGACCAAGGCCGUCAAGUGUUCUUUGGACCGGCCAAUGAGGCAAGAGGGUAUUUCGAAGGGCUCGGCUUUCUCGAAAAGCCACGGCAAACCACGCCCGACUAUCUCACCGGGUGCACUGACGAGUUCGAGCGGGAAUACAAGCCAGGCAGAUCUUCCGAGGAUGUGCCUUCCACUCCUGACGCCCUCGUGUCGGCCUUCAAUGAAUCGGUCUACGCGGAGAAGCUCUCCAAGGAGAUGACGGCCUACCGGGAGUCGAUUCGCGAGGAGAAGCAAAUCUACGACGACUUUGAAGCGGCGCAUCGAGAAGCCAAGCGAAAACACACCCCCAAGAACUCCGUCUACUCGGUCCCAUUCUACAUGCAGAUCUGGGCAUUGAUGCAGAGACAGUUCCUGAUAAAGUGGCAGGACAAGUUCUCCUUGGUCGUUUCGUGGAUCACUUCGAUCGUCAUUGCCAUCGUCGUCGGCACCGUCUGGUUGGACCAACCCAAGACCUCUGCCGGCGCUUUCACCCGUGGAGGCGUUUUGUUCAUUGCAUUGCUCUUCAACGCAUUUCAAGCCUUUUCGGAACUCGCAUCUACAAUGCUUGGCCGGCCGAUCGUCAACAAGCAUCGAGCGUACACCUUUCACCGUCCUGGGGCGCUGUGGCUCGCGCAAAUCCUGGUCGACUUGUGUUUCGCAUCGGUUCAGAUCUUCGUCUUCUCUGUCAUUGUCUACUUCAUGACCGGCCUCGUCAGAACGCCAGGUGCAUUCUUCACCUUUGUGCUCAUCAUCCUUUCGGGCUAUCUGUCCAUGACGUUGCUCUUCCGUACCAUCGGGUGCCUGUGCCCGGAUUUUGACUACGCCAUUAAAUUUGCGGCCGUUACGAUUACCCUGUUCGUGAUCACUUCGGGCUAUAUCAUCCAAUACCAAAGUCAGCAAGUAUGGCUACGCUGGAUUUUCUACAUCAAUGCACUCGGUUUGGGGUUUGCAGCCAUGAUGAUGAACGAGUUCGAAAGAUUGACCAUGCGCUGUACGGCGGAGUCGCUCAUCCCCUCUGGCCCGGACUACAACAACAUCGACCAUCAAGUUUGUACUCUGCCGGGUUCUGUAGCGGGAUCCAACGAGGUCUCUGGCACGGCGUAUGUCAAGACCGGCUUUCAAUACGACCCAAAAGACCUCUGGCGCAAUUGGGGCAUCAUCGUCGUGCUAUGUGCCUUCUUUCUAUUCACCAACGUCGUCCUGGGCGAGACUGUCAAGUACGGUGCGGGCGGCCGGACGGUCACGUUCUUCACCAAGGAGAACAAGGAGAGGAAAGAACUUAACCAGAAGCUACAGGAGCGGAAAAAACGCAGACAAACCAAGCAAGAUGCUAAUGAUAGCUCGGAACUCAACAUCACAUCCAAGGCAAUCCUUACUUGGGAGAACCUGACUUACGACGUCCCUACACCGUCAGGUCAACUCCGUCUCCUGAGAGAUGUUUUUGGAUAUGUUCGUCCGGGACAGCUGACUGCGCUUAUGGGAGCCAGUGGAGCCGGUAAGACUACGCUUCUAGAUGUGCUGGCAGCGCGUAAGAACAUUGGCGUCAUCGGCGGAGACAUCCUCGUCGAUGGACAGAAACCGGGUAUCAGCUUCCAAAGAGGGACCUCAUACGCCGAGCAAUUGGACGUGCACGAAUCGACCCAGACAGUGCGUGAGGCACUCCGAUUCAGUGCUGACCUGCGGCAGCCGUACGAAGUGCCUCGCGAGCAAAAGUAUGCGUACGUCGAAGAAAUCCUCUGCCUCCUCGAACUCGAAAACCUCGCCGACGCGAUCAUCGGUAGUCCUGAGAGCGGUUUGUCCGUGGAAGAGCGCAAGCGUGUAACAAUUGGCGUCGAGCUGGCAGCGAAACCUCAGCUGCUCCUCUUCCUUGACGAGCCCACAUCCGGUCUCGACUCACAAUCUGCCUUCAAUAUCGUUCGUUUCCUCCGCAAGCUUGCGGCUGCGGGGCAGGCCAUCUUGUGUACGAUCCAUCAGCCCAACAGCGCACUGUUUGAGAACUUUGACAGACUCUUACUGCUCCAGCGAGGUGGCGAGACCGUGUACUUUGGCGACAUUGGCAAAGACGCACACGUAUUGCUGGAAUACUUCCACAAAUACGGUGCCGACUGUCCCCCUGAUGCCAACCCGGCCGAAUGGAUGCUCGACGCCAUCGGAGCCGGCAUCGCGCCUCGCAUCGGCGACAAGGACUGGGGCGAGAUCUGGCGUGAGAGCGAGGAACUGGCGACGACGAAAUCCGAGAUCAUCGAAAUGAAGGCACGUCGUCAACGCGAGGCCGCCAGCGAGGACCGGCUCGACGAAAAGGAAUACGCCAGUCCGCUCUGGCACCAGAUCAAGGUGGUCAGCUGGCGCACGCACCUGGCCUUCUGGCGGGCACCCAACUACGGCUUCACGCGACUGUUCAACCACGUGGCGAUCGCGAUCCUGUCUGGCCUGGCAUUCCUGCAGCUCGACGACAGCCGGUCGAGCCUGCAGUACCGCGUGUUCGUCAUCUUCCAGGUCACGGUCAUCCCGGCGUUGAUCCUCGCGCAGGUCGAGCCCAUGUACGAUUUCUCGCGGCUGAUCUUCUACCGCGAGUCGGCGGCCAAGGCAUACAAGCAAUUCCCCUUCGCGUUCGCCAUGGUCUGCGCCGAAAUGCCUUACAGCAUCCUGUGCGCCGUCUUCUUCUUCAUCCCGAUCUACUACCUUCCCGGGUUCAACACGUCCUCGUCGCGCGCCGGGUACCAGUUCUUCAUCGUGCUGGUCACCGAGCUCUUCUCCGUCACGGCCGGCCAGAUGAUUGCGGCCCUGACCCCGUCGAGCUUCAUUUCGAGCUUGAUCAACCCGUUCGUCGUCAUCAUCUUUGCCCUCUUCUGCGGCGUCACCAUCCCCAAACCGCAGAUCCCCGGCUUCUGGCGCGCCUGGCUGUACCAGCUCGACCCGUUCACCCGUCUCGUCUCGGGCAUGGUCACCACCGAACUGCACGGGCUGCCCGUGGUGUGCAAACCGCACGAGCUGAACUCGUUCCCGGCCCCGCCGGGACAGGACUGCGGCUCGUACAUGAAGGAUUUCUUCGACGCCGGUGGCGCCGGCUACCUCGUCAGCAACGUCACCGACGUGUGUCAGUACUGCGCGUAUAAAGUGGGAGAUCAGUUUUAUGAGCCAUUGCAGCUCAAUUUUGAUCAUAGAUGGCGGGAUUUUGGCAUUUACGCCGCCUUUAUUGGGAGUAACUUGAUCCUACUGUUUCUUGGAUCGAGGUACUUGAACUUUAAUAGACGAUGA